AUGGGUUGUGUAGUACCCAAAGCUCAGGAAAAGUCAACCGAUUCUAAAACUCCUAAAACUUCCAGUGCCGGUUAACCAUUUUCAUAAGCAGUGAAUGCUUCCUCUGUAUUUGAGGAUACUGAAAAUAUAGAGACAGAUUAUAUUCUCCAUAAGUUGGACCCACUCACCAAAGUUAUAUAACGAAGGGGGUUUCCAAGUAAAAUAGUACCUCUAGAAUUGUAAGAACCUACAAUUGCGAAAAUAUUAGGAGUGAAUUACUUUAGGAAUUUGAGGAGAAUGUAAAUACUGUAUUGUAAUUGGUAUUGGCUGUGUUUAAAACUUUAGAAACAUUUGAACAUCCAAGGGACUAUGUCAUACUACUGUAAUAAGAAAAGAUUAAGUCUGAUAGGUGAAUACCUUGAAGGUGGGAAUUUGUUGUUGAAAUUGGACGUAUUUAGUCAAAUGCAACAAUUUGCAAUGAUUGAAAUAUUUUGUUAAAUAAUGGCUGGAUUGCAGUACUUACAUGAGAAUUAAAUCGCUCAUGGGGAUAUUCGUUUAGAACAUAUCAUCUUUACAAAUAAAUCAUUGGACAAGAUUAAAUUGGUGGAUUUUGGUAUUUCCAAUUAAAUGAAAUCUUUAAGUACAAACUGGAAAGCAGUAUCAUCAAUGCACGAAUUGUCAUUUAGAUCACCUGAGGCUCUUAAGGGCCAAAUAACGAUGAAAUCUGACAUAUGGUCAUGUGGUUGUCUUCUCUAUUUCUUCCUUACAUCUCACAUGCCUUUUCAAGCAAACAGUAUCCAGUCCUUAAGAAAUUCCAUUCUCAGGGGAGUGCCUAACUUUGAAGGUUCUGAGUGGAACAACAUUGAUCCUGCUCUGAAAUACUUGAUUAGUAAGAUGUUACAUCCCAAUCCAUCAUAGAGACCGUCUGCUCGAUAGGUUUUGAAUCAUAAUGUGUUUGUUGGGAGAGCUCGGAUUCUCUAGAAUCCCAACAAGACAUUGCAAAGACAUAUGCGUGAUUUCAAAAUAUCAUCUCAGUUGUAAACGGCAAUGUUAAUUUAUAUUGCAGAUAAUUUGAUGUCUGAUUAGGACAAGAAAAAGUUGAUGGAUGAAUUUAUGAAAUUUGAUUUGAAUAAUGAUGGCUAAUUGUCAAAGGAGGAGUUGUUGAGUGUCUAUUCAAGGACAUUGUCACAUGACAGAGCAUUAAAAGAAGUCAAUAAUAUAUUUAAGAAGAUAGAUGUAAAUGGUAGUGGUAAAAUAGAUUACCAAGCAGAAUUUGUGAUAGCAACCAUAGAUCAGAAGAAAUAUUUCAACAAAGAAAAGUUGAUGCUCAUUUUCUAGUAAAUUGACAGCGAUCACAGUGGCUAAUUGAAUAAAGAGGAGCUUAAGAAAUUGUUGAGGGAUAUGUCGAUACCAAUAAAAAAAUACGAAUAAUUAUCGAGAUAACUAGAUUCAAAUGGAGAUGGCUAAAUCAAUUAGGAAGAAUUCAUAGGAAUGAUGCUUCAAAUUUGA